CAAAAAAGAGUUUUUUUUUUUCAAGAUUUGGUGAUGGGUGUGUUUAUUUUUGAUCAGUGACUGUAAAUUGGGAAUAAAAAGGGAGUCUUUUUUUUCUGGGGUUGGAAAAUUUUAAGAAAUGGCAAGUAUAACGGAGGUUACAAUUCUACAUCAUGUGGGCAUUGUGUUAAUUGUAAUAUGGUUGCUUAAUUCCUUCAAUUAUGGUCACCCUUUGGUUUAUUUCAUCUCCCUAAUCUAUCUUUAUCUGGUUAAUGAGCAGUAUGUAACUAGAUUAAAGAAGAAAUUGCAGUUUGAGGAAAAAAGACAGUCGAAUCAACGACGAGUGCUUUCUGAUUCUGAAACAGUGAGGUGGUUAAACCAUGCUCUUGAAAAGAUUUGGCCUGUAUGCAUGGAGAAUAUCGUUUCACAGAAAAUUCUCCUCCCUAUCAUUCCGUGGUUUAUGCAGAAAUACAAACCUUGGACUGUGAAAGACAUUGCAGUGCAGUCUCUCUACUUAGGAAGAAACCCGCCUAUGUUCACGGAAAUGAGGGUUCUUCGUGAAUCUACUGGAGAUGAUCACCUUGUAUUGGAGCUGGGAAUGAACUUUCGUUCUGCAGAUGACAUGAGUGCGAUUCUUGCUGCGAAGCUGAAGAAGAGGUUGGGAUUUGGGAUGGUGACAAAGUUGCAUCUGUUGGGAAUGCACAUUGAGGGAAAGGUCUUGAUUGGUGUGAAGUUCCUAAGGAAGUGGCCGUUUCUUGGUCGUAUGCGGGUGUGCUUUGCUGAGCCUCCUUACUUUCAGAUGACUGUAAAACCAAUUUUUACACAUGGGAUUGAUGUGACAGAACUUCCUGGAGUUGCUGGAUGGCUGGAUAAUCUUCUUUCUGUUGCAUUUGAGCAGACACUUGUUGAGCCCAACAUGCUGGUAGUUGAUAUGGAGAAAUUUGUCUCACCCCAACAAGACAAAAGCUGGUUUUCUAUCGAUGCCAAGGAGCCCAUUGCCCAUGUUAUUUUGGAAGUCCUUGAAGCAGAAGACUUGAAACCAGCAGAUUUAAAUGGACUGUCUGAUCCAUAUGUUAAGGGGCAUCUUGGGCCCUACAGAUUCAAGACUAGGACUCAGAAGAAGACAUUAGCUCCACAGUGGCAAGAGGAGUUCAAGAUUCCAGUCUGUUCAUGGGAGUCUCCUAAUGAUAUGCUCAACAUAGACGUUCGUGACAAAGACCAUUUUUCUUCGGAUGAAACAUUGGGAGAUUAUUCCAUAAACAUCUGUGAUUAUAGGGAUGGCCAGAGGAAUGAUAUAUGGUUGUCUCUUCGUAAUGUUAAAACGGGGAGAUUACGUAUUGCCAUAACUGUAGUUGAAGGCAGCGAAAAGUGUACAGAGCAGUCAUACGAGCAGGCAAAAAGGGACAACAAACAGGACAGCAAUUCUGAUGAGAUGGAUACAGCCGAAGGAGGCUUCUUACCCACCGAGAUGGAUAAGCAAUCGUCAAAAGUUGCAGAUACAUAUGAACCAAUUAACAUAGAAGGGCAGAAGGAGACUGGCAUGUGGGUACACCACCCUGGCAGUGAAGUACCACAAGUUUGGGAACCGAGAAAGGGAAAGAGUCGGGUUGUCGAUGGAGAAGUUCUUGGUUCUGAUGCUGAUUCCAUGGGAGGAAGUUUCAAGUUAAGAGGGGGAGGAUCUACUCGGGGUGAUGAUUCUGAUGAAGGUAGUGGAUCUAAGAAGUCGAAUCUAAUCAGCAGGGGUAUAAAUAAGAUCGGGUCCAUUUUCCACAAAAGUCAGAAAAGCGAGGACAGGUCUGGAAAUCUUGGAGAUCCCGUUCCAUCUCCUCAAGCUAAUCUAAAGGCAGUGAGCGCAACGGAGACCAGGGUGAAUCUUAUUAUGAAUGAUUCGGUGGAAACAACUCCCCGAGAUGAUAGUAAAGAGGCUCAUGAGGGAUAUGUUCAAUGUAGUAGCUCCAACAAGAGCAGAGUCCGUGACAAGGCGAAGAAUAUCCUAAGACAUGCAGUAUCUCGGAAAUCAUCACGAAAAUCUAAAGGUGAGUUAGAACCAACAGCAUCAGAGAGAGAUCUAUCCGUGGAAUCUGACUCCUCCUCUGAUGAUUUUACUCCCUCAGUUGGUUCACCUCUAGGCCGUUCAGUUAGCGGUCGUUUCAUAGCCAGCACUGUCAUUGAGAAUCUCAAUGGCAACACAGUGAAGAGUAGUGAAUUGGUAGAUGAUAAGGGAAACCUGAAAACUAGUGAGGAGGUAGUUCAUGAUAAAGCUAUGAAUUCAGCAAGUCCAAAAGUUUCAAACCUUUGAGGUGAAUGGAUCAAUG